CGGAACGCAAUAAAUUUACGAAGAUGCGUGUUGCAGGGUUCCUCGCUCGCCGCAUGGCCGCCGCCUCGGGCCGCCGCGCCAUGUCCUCGGCGCAUGGACACGGCCACAGCUAUCCACACGGUAUGCACUUCCACGUGAGCCCCGUGCACAAGAAUCUGGCGCUGGCUUACGGCACGAUGCUCUGGCUCUGGGUCUUCUGGCGCGCAAAACAAGACGGUCUCGCUUUGCUGGGCUUUGAGCACCCGUGGGACCACGGCCACGGCCACCACGAUGACCACUCGGAGUCGGCAGACCAUGGCAACUACGUGCUGGUGGAUGGCAAGAUUAAGUACGAGCGCUCCGAGAUUGGCGCUAUGCCAAUGCCUGUGGAGAUUGACGGCGAGGAGGAAGAGAGUGAAGAGGAGGUCGGCGACGUUAUGGACGACCUGCACGACGUGGACGAGGAGUAGAUUCUUUUUACAGACAGCAGACCAGGUUCCUUCCUCUUAAUAGCGAAGACGACGCAGCUCCUUUUGACUUAUAUGGCCGACUGGAGACCUGCUAUUUACGCUGGAGAGAAAUUGCAAAGGAAGACAAUAAAACCCCGACAAAAUUGAACAAUA